AUGUCCAACGAUCCAUCGGUGAGGCGCAUCCUGCCUCAAAGCUCCCAGAUGGGCAGCUUCUCCUUCGCACCCCAACAGUACCCCCAAAGGGAAACCCAGAAGAACUAUGUUUUCGUUGAUGAACACAAUCGCCACAAACGACUGAAGGUUAUGAGGGCCUGUGAGGGAUGCAGAAGACGAAAGAUUAAGUGCGAUGCUGCCACGACGAACACCUGGCCAUGCUCCGCAUGUAUCAGACUCAAACUACAAUGCGUUCGCCCCAACGGCCAAUACGAUGGAACCUCUGGCGACACGUAUGAGCCUGGGAGAGACGACUUCGCCGCCGCGUCCUCUCAACUCCAAGACACCUUCCGCCAGCAAGCUCCCAUGCAGCAACAGUCCAUGAUGCCUGGAGGUCCGAAGCCCAACCCCAGCAUGUAUGCUGCACAUGGCGCAUACUCGGAUCCCAACGUUUUCCCGCCCGUGCCUUAUUCAGAGUCGUCGAGCCAGCACAACAUUCACUACACCACUGUUCCCGCGUCAGUCGGAAUGAUGGAACCGUCUUACGCUGCUCAGAAUGUGUUCCCGACUCCGCCUAUGCAACAAAGCUCUCGCGCGGACUCUCCUCCCGACACGUACUCUCAAGACGGCUCAUACCAGCAAGCAGACCUCGCCGACUUGUUGGGUUCGUUGAAGGUCAACGAAGCUGGCACGGCGCCGUACCUCAGAAACAAGGCUUCCUUUAGACGCGAGGAAGAACCCGCAGUUGAAGAAGCCGACGACUAUCAGGAGAUGCUUCCACCUUUGCCAUCUGGUCCUGGCCUGAAGAUUCGCAUACCUCCUGAACUGAUGCCGGAUGAGUCAACCGCCAUGCACUACUUCGAGCUAUUCUUCAGCCAUGUGCAUCCUUAUGUGCCUGUUCUCAGCAAGCCCAUAUUCUACCACCAGUGGAACACCAACCGGCAAUCGAUUUCACCUCUCAUUCUGGAGGCCAUCUUCGCCAUGGGAGGCAGACUCGCAGACGACCCCGGCGAGGGACAGCAGUGGCUAGCCUUGGCGUCCAAGCACGCCGAUUCCUUCAUGGACGUUCCGAGACUCAGCACUCUCCAGGCUCUGUUGCUCAUCCUGAAGGCCAGGGAAGCGGCGCCCAAGCGCGGCUACUACUACAGGUCCUGGAUGACAAUUGUUCAGUGUGUCCAAAUGGGCAAGGAUCUUGGCCUGGACGAACAUUACCUCGAUCACCAGUCGGGACGCCCUUGCGGUUCUAGCCCGACGGAAUGUCAGAUGAAGAACAGAAUCUGGCAGUCGAUUUUUGUCGGUGAGGUCAUGAUCGGGUCUCCCCAAGGCCGAUACGAUCUCGCCGUCGAUCUGGAUUCUAUCGAUUUCAACGUACCGCGACCUAUUCAAGGCGGUGACGACUCGGAGUACCACAUCACUCGGAACUUUACUUACUUCGCACGGAUUGUCCGCAACGUGAGCCGCAUGAACAGCACUUACGGCCGCCUCAAGAAGAAGCGGACCAAGGACUGGGGUGUUGAUCCCGAAUUCGUCCAGCUCAACCCGGCUUUGAACGCAUGGCUGAACGAUCUCCCGGCGGACUUAUCUGUCACAUUUCCUCCGGACGGUUCCCCUCCGUGGCUUUCAUCGCCGUACAUUGGAAACUUGCACUCGUACUACUACCUGACCUUGAUCUUGCUGCAUCGGCCACAGCUGAACUUCCUUGAUCCCAACGGAGCGGACGGCCAGUGGAAGCAGCAUAUGAUGAUCUGUUACUCGGCGGCCAAGGCUCUCUGUCGACUUCAGGAGUCGGUUUUGAACAACUUCGGAUUCUCUGGCUUGCAGUGCAUGAUGCGUGGAUUCAGUUUCACCGUCUACUGCGGCCUAUGCUGCAUCGUUCUUCAUCUGGUGGCUGUCGUCUCGCCGGAUCCGGAUCUGAACACUGAUGCGCGUGAAUACUUUGCGCGGCACAUGCGGGUUCUCGAAAGAGUCAUGGAAGUCUGGCCCAUGAUGGACCUGCAGAAGCAAGUCGACGCAGUGAGGGAAGCAUUUUCCGCUGACACCAGGAAACCCUUUGAGCUCAAGCGUAGCUUCCCCUACGGCAGUCCUGUUUCUUCCAACCAUUCCAGCCCGCCUCGUGGGUAUAGACCGGGCAUGGCUCGCACUGGCUCUCUGGAUCAUCAGUUGGACACGCAAAACCUACAACACUCCCAAGUCAGUUAUACCAGCCACCCCAUCACACCUCCUAUAUCUGCCGGACCUGUGGAUACCAAGAGUGACUCGCCUGCUAUACAGUCACUCGUCAUGAUGGCGAACCAAGGAUCCCAAGCCCCAGGGAUGCCACAAACCUUGCCGCUGUCCAACGCGCCGGCUUGGAACCCGGCGAAGAUUUUUGAGCAAUGGAGCACGUCUUUCGGUACGCCUCAGGUCCAACCACAGCCUUCGACGCUGCCUCCCCAGUCCAAUUCGCUUAGUGUUUCCCCGUCUUCAGGUGCCCCCGAAGCCCCGUCUCUUGAAGACAUACAGGCAGCCCACGCCACGAUGCCAGUGGCUUCCCAGCAAAUGGCACCGCAGUACACAGCUGCUCCUGUGCAGCCCUUCAUCUCGCCAGCCAUGUGGCAAGAGUCCGUGGCGAGUGUCUACGAAGGGGGUCUCAAGCGGACCUGGGACUAUGAUGGCGGUGGACCCAUGAUGAAGCGGCGAUGA